UCAAAGACUAAUUUGUUUCCUCUUUAUCACUCACACAUUUUCUUAACUUUCUGUCUCUUAGAUUUAAGAAGAAGAAGACAUGGUCAUGAGAAGAGAUUUCUACUCUAUUCUGUUUAUGGUAGUUUUGUUAGUUAUUGCAACAAUGUCUACUGUUGAUGGGGCAGUUACAGUUCAACCAACAGCAGGUCUCAGGCGUAAAUUUUACAAGUUGAACGGUCAGUGUCCAGAUGUUGAGGAAUAUAUCAAGCACCAAAUUAAGCUGCAUUGGAUGAAAGAUCGUUCCAUCACUGCUAAACUCCUUCGCUUGACGUACUCUGAUUGCUUUGUAUCGGGUUGCGAUGGUUCAGUUCUCCUAGAUGGUCCAGACUCUGAGAGAACGGCACGACAAAAUGUAGCACUAGGUGGAUUUGCAGUUAUCGACAGGAUCAAGUCGGUUAUAGAACAACGGUGCCCAGGAGUAGUAUCUUGUGCUGAUAUCCUUCAGCUUGCCACUAGAGAUGCAGUUCAUCUGGCGGGAGCACCAUCAUAUCCUCUGAAAACGGGUAGAAGAGAUGGCCUGGUUUCAAAUAAAGCAGCAGUGGACCUUCCACCCCCUUCCAUUUCAUGGGAAGAUUCUCUCGCUUACUUCAGGUCCAAAGGUUUAGAUGUCAUGGAUAUGACCACCCUCCUGGGUGCACACACGAUGGGUUCAACACGAUGCAGUAUUAUCGCCGAUCGCUUAUACAACUUCAACAAUACAAGAAAACCAGAUCCAAACAUGGACAUAUCGCUGGUGAAUGAUAUGAAGAAGAUAUGUCCGGAAAGGAGAAAGUGGGGAGAAGCUGAUAAAUUUAUUCCUUUGAACCCGGAAAACACCAAAUACAAGUUCGACAACAAUUACUACACUAGGGUUUUAAAUAAUAAAGCGAUUCUAGGUGUUGAUCAACAACUACUCUUUGGCCCUGAUACCAAACAAAUUUCAGACAUAUUUGCAGAUGGAGCAGUUGGAUUUGAAGACUGGAGAAGAGCAUGGGCAUUGUCCAUGAACCGAAUGGGAAGUAUCGGAGUCUUGACUGGAGAUCAGGGACAAAUACGUAAACAUUGCCGCUUCGUUAAAAAAUAACAAAUACUAGAUUCAAUUUGGAUAAUUUUUUACUUAUAUUUUUUGUAUAAUGAAAAAUAAAAUACAAAGGAGGAAAAGAGAAACAAAUGAGUGCUUCAAAAGAAAACAAAUGUGCU